UCUUGAUAACCCCAUGGCCACUAUAAACCUUUUGAUGUUCUCGGAUACAACGACGAAUCUUGCCUCUCAGCCAUUUGACACAAAUGUCACAGCGGAGCAGCCAUGGGUCAACACUAAGUUUUCUCUCCAUGAUUCCGAUAUCGAAGUUCGUUCAGUAGAUGGUUUUAUAUUCCAACUACAUCGCGUCGUCUUAGGAGUGACGACUGGCGUUUUCCCUGGUUCCGAAAUCGAGACCGAUGGAGAAAUGGUACAACUCACGGAGCCUGCAAAGGUCCUUGGCAUCCUUUUCGCCUUCCUCUAUCCCAAAGCACACCCGGAUCUACACGGAGAGCCCUUCGAGACGGUUGCUGCGGUAGCCGAAGCAGCUGGAAAGUAUGAGGUUUUUUCGGCUGCGUCCACCUGCAACGAGCGACUCCUAAAUUUCCUACCUCAACAUGCGCCGGAAAUUCUUGUGCACGCAGUCAAGCACGAUUACCCCCGACUGAUUAGUGCAACCCUCCCUCACUUCGCUCGGGCACCUUUGAUCCCAGUUAUGGAAAAGUUACCUCCGUCAUAUAUGGUUCCAUGGGCUCGUUACCAUGAGGCCUGGACCUUGCUUUUCAAAGAAUUGGUCUUGUAUAUCAGGAACCAUCCCUCAAUUAGCUCUAGCUGCCACUCUUCUUACACGCAUAACCCCCGCGGCGGCAUAUGCACAACCUGUGCCGCUUCUCUCAACCUACUCGCUACACACCUAGAGGAGAUCGACUCUUUGCAAACUCUCCAAGAUACUCUUCGGUCUCCCAAGACUAAGUAUCUGAAAUCUGUUCUCAAGUGUUGCCAACACAACGGAAACUAUGACCAGUCUAGGGGAUACGAAAAGUCUAUCUGCCCAUUCGUAGAAGACGUGACUGAAUCAUGCCGGGAUAAAAUCCAGAAAAUUCCUUCUUUCGCUACGCUCUUAGGCCUCAAACUGUAGGAUUUACUUUGAGACGAUGAUAACCCAGAACCAACUUUCCCAGUCACUAACUCGCAAUGCACCAUUGGUACCAGGCAGAUUCAUCUGCACGUUUCGCUUGUUUUUUUCAUCCCUGCUCUUCCCUUGUAAUGGCUGUAGUGGAUACAAACAAGGUGGAGUACGUGUCCUCAUCGUUACCCAACCACCUAUGUUAUCGUGAGGGAAUAAAAGGUGGUAUCUCAUUACAAAGUGGAAGCGCUGCAAAAUCAUAAAUCAAGUCAAUUGUGC